UCGGUACACAUUUAUCAUAAGUUAGGUUAUAUCGUAUGCAUCAAAUCAUACAAUUAUUUAUAAGCUAGUUUUUUAAGGAAAAAACACUUAUAUUUAGUGAAUUUGCAGUGCGAAAUCUUUAAUAACCACAGACGAACACUUGGCGCAAACGAAAGUUACGUGUUAACGUCGUGGCUUUUGUUUAAUUUUGUUCAAGCAAAAAAUAAAAUACAAUACAAUUAAACAAAAAACUUUGGCAACUUAAAUCAACAACAUAAACAAAAUACAAUAAUUUUGAUCAGCCAACAGUUAAUCUGAAAGUGUAAAACAAAAGUGUAAACAAUCCCCCUCCCAAACAAACACACAAAAACAAGCAAACAUUUAAACUUACAAAAGUGAAACCAACAACAGCAGCAAAAUUACGUCAAUUAUUGAUAACCUGUCCGGCGCAAUAGCUCAUAAUCACCAAAACAACAUUAUGGAGGAAGAUGAGAGGGGCAAACUCUUCGUCGGCGGCCUGUCGUGGGAGACCACGCAGGAGAAUCUGUCGCGUUAUUUCUGCCGUUUCGGCGAUAUCAUCGAUUGUGUGGUAAUGAAGAAUAACGAGAGCGGCAGAUCGCGCGGUUUCGGCUUUGUCACCUUUGCCGAUCCCACGAACGUCAAUCAUGUGCUGCAAAACGGGCCGCACACCUUGGAUGGUCGAACCAUCGAUCCCAAGCCGUGCAAUCCGCGCACGCUUCAGAAACCUAAAAAGGGUGGUGGCUAUAAGGUAUUCCUUGGUGGUUUGCCCUCGAAUGUCACUGAAACGGAUUUGCGCACGUUCUUUGGUCGUUAUGGCAAGGUCACCGAAGUAGUAAUCAUGUACGAUCAGGAAAAAAAGAAAUCACGUGGAUUCGGUUUCUUAUCGUUCGAGGAAGAAUCGUCCGUGGAGCAUGUCACCAAUGAGCGCUACAUAAAUCUGAAUGGCAAGCAGGUGGAAAUCAAGAAGGCCGAACCACGCGAUGGCUCUGGUGGACAGAACUCUAACAACAGCGCAGUGGGUGGUGCCUACGGCAAAUUGGGCAACGAGUGCAGCCAUUGGGGACCACAUCAUGCUCCCAUUAACAUGAUGCAGGGCCAGAAUGGUCAAAUGGGUGGACCGCCAUUGAACAUGCCUAUAGGUGCGCCCAACAUGAUGCCGGGUUACCAAGGCUGGGGCACUUCACCGCAGCAGCAGGGUUAUGGCUAUGGCAACAGUGGACCCGGUUCAUAUCAAGGAUGGGGUGCACCACCAGGCCCCCAGGGUCCACCACCGCAAUGGUCCAACUAUGCGGGACCCCAACAAACUCAAGGUUAUGGCGGUUAUGAUAUGUACAAUUCUACAUCGACGGGUGCACCAUCUGGUCCAUCGGGUGGUGGUAGCUGGAACUCAUGGAACAUGCCGCCCAAUUCUGCUGGGCCUACGGGCGCACCAGGCGCUGGUGCAGGUACAGCAACGGAUAUGUACUCACGAGCUCAGACCUGGGCUGCGGGUGGUCCCUCGACAACAGGCCCCGUCGGUGGUAUGCCCCGAACCGGUCCCGGCAAUUCGGCAUCGAAAUCGGGUUCCGAAUACGAUUAUGGCGGUUAUGGCUCUGGCUAUGACUAUGACUAUAGCAACUAUGUAAAGCAGGAGGGCACAUCGAAUUAUGGUGCCGGGCCCAGAUCGGCAUAUGGAAAUGACAGCUCCACACAGCCGCCAUAUGCUGCCUCGCAGGCAGUUUAAAAAUGAAGCGUUGUCCAGCGGCCAAGUGGUGAAUGAUGAAGAAGACAAAAGAUGGUGGUAAUUGUAAGCUAAAGCGUCGUCUGUUCGUAAUUUUUUUCUCACUGAUCUGUUGUUGAAAUUAAUAUAUAAACAAAUGUUUGUGUACUACUAUAAUUAAAAAAAAAAACCGCCCCAAAAAAAUUGUUCACAAAAAAAACAGCAACAAAAUCCCUAGCGGCAAGGCAGUUACAUAGAUGUAUACAUAUAAAUACUAUAGCAAUGAGUAUGUAAUUUAUAGGCAACAUCGACACUAACACACAGCAACAACAAGAACAUUUUCAUGAGCCUCAGACAUUGUACUGUAUGCUAGCCCCCUAUUCAACUAAAAAGUAGUUAAACACAAACCCACACACACACACGCAUUAACAAAAUAGUUUUGUGAAGAUUAAACGUAAAGUUUUACAAGUAUAAUGUUUAGCUAAUUAGAGACAAGAAAAAGAGUGCGAAAACAUAAAAAAAAAAAAAAACAAAUCAAACAAGCAAGAACAUAAGAAAUUAUACUUUAUUUAAAACGUAAAAGAUGCAAAUCCCUUAAUUACUAAAAUUAGUAAAUACAAAUUCGAAAUUGUACAUUUAAAGUAAAAAAGAUAAGUUGUUACAGCGCAUGCCGCAUUGCCAGAAACAAAGCAAGCAAGAAAGCACUGGCGACAAGACACAGCAGCCGAAGGCCAGACCUCUGGAUCCCAAAAUAUCUGGGACUGCUUGCCUUAGUCAGAAAGCCGGCAGCGUGCGAGCGCUGAGCAGUUGCAACAAAUGCGAAAAAGCGUUACAAAAUUAAAAAUUUACCAUUUAAAGUAAACAACUAGCUAAAAGUUAAACUACAUAUAUAAAGAAACCUAAAUAAUAAGCGUAUGUCGUCGUUUGCCUGUAAGCGAAAGUUGAACUUGAAACUAGAAUUAUAUAGUGCGUUGGAUUUAUUAUUUAGUUAAAGCAAGAAAUGAUUAUGUGAAAAACAAAAAAACGAUAAAACCACAAAAAAUACGAAACACUCUUAACAAAUAUAAAUAAAGCUAUAUACAUACUUAUUUAUACAUAUAUAUAAAUUUACACAUACAUAUACAUAUAUGCGAGAAACAACAAAACGUAAAUUUAACUACUGUCUAAUGUAAAGGAAAGGAAAAAAAAACGAUGCUUAGAAUUGCGUUGCACAUUUUUUUUCAAAUUUUCAUCGUUUGCCAAGCAGACAACCAAUCAUACCAACAAUGCCAACAACAACAUCUACAAUUGAUCAGCAUGCGUGUAAACACCAUAAACCACAACACGCACAUCGACAAGCAAAGCGGGAGAAGCAGCAACAAUUUAAAACGAUUUAUAUACAUACAUUAUACAUAUAUAUAUAUAUAUAUAUAUAUACUCUAUAUAUAUCUCUUUAAUUACUUUUACAUUAUAUUACUCCUUCACAUGGCUCGCAAGAAUCAUAUGUAAAGUUAAAGCAAAAACUAAAAAGAAACCCCACAAAAAACUAUUUUAAAUGAUGAUGAUGAUUAGAUUGCGAUUUUACCAUUUAUUUUUACACUAAUACAUUUACCAUACAUAAACAUAAAUAAAUAUAAAUAUGAAGUAAUUUUUUCUAUUAAAUACACUAAUUUUUAAUUUGUUUAUUAAAGAAUUUUACAAUACAUUUAAUUACAAUAUACUUUAUUUUUCGGUGAUUUAUUACAUAGUGCUCUUCGUAUAAUUUUUAUUAAUACUUACAAUACAAAAACAAUGAUCCUAAAAAAUAAAUGCCUAAUUUAAUUUUGUUUAAAAUUACAAAUAUGCUUAAAAUUUAUAUACUUAUUUAAAAACUAAAAAGAAACAACAAACCAUACAAAAUACACAUAGAGAACAAGUAAAAAGUAAAGCGUGAACGUAUCAAAAGCGUUUCAAAUUUGAAAAAAAAACUGCGAAUUUAUUUAUUAUUGUUUUUUAUUUGUGUCAAGAACUAUCUGUUUCUGCCUUAAAUUUCAUUCAGUUUUUCUUUGCGUGCGUGUUGUGGUUUAUUUUUUGCAGCACUUGUGCAUAUUUUUGUCGAUCCGAACAUCGAAAAUUUGUUGGUGGGGGGCAUCAAAACUGAUCCAUAGCCCGUUGUCCAUGGCCGCUUGUAAUUCAGCGUUAUUUUGUGCGAGAAUGUAUUAAACAUUUUCAACAAUAACAAAAAACGUAACAAUAGCAACAACUACAAGAACCAACUGUGCGCUGCUUUGAUAAUUCAGUUUCCAGGCACUGUAAAAUGUUAGCUUAUAAUUAAAUCAAACUAUAUAUAUAUAUAGUAUAUAUGCUAAAAAAAUGAAAAAACAACUACAAUGGUUAUAUUUGUAUAACUUAUAUGUUUAACAGCAACAACAGGAACAACAUUAAACAAUAAACAAUUAAUGUCAGACAGCAGUGAAAAAUGAAAAGAACAUGUAAGGUCGGUCUAUAAAUAUAUAUUAAAUAUGCAUUAAAAGUAAAUGUUGGUUAAACAAAACACCUGAUGUAAUUUUAUAAGCUGAAAUUAUGAAAAUAUGACAAACGUAAAUACUUUUGGUUAUAACACUACAUUUUUGCAUAAAACAGAAACAAAAUUAUAACAAGAAACUUAAACGAAAAAUCAAAAAUUAAAAAAUCCAUAACAAAUUCGUUUAAUCAUAAACACAAAUUGAAAUAAGUAAACGUAAUUACUAAUUCAAGCGAAGUCUAAUAGUUAAAACAAGGUUUAAAGUAAUGGCAAGUAAACGUAAACAAAAAAUUAUUUAAAACAAACACACUGACUGUUAAUUGUAAAACAAUUUCUUUUUAAUGCCGUACGAAUUAUUAUUUAAAGUUAAAUUUCUGAACUGGAACCUAUUAAAUGAAUUACAUAAAUGUAUCUAAACGUAAUAUAUGAAUACUAUACUAUAUACAAUUAUAUAUACACUAUAUAUAUAUAUACAUACAUAUAUCAAUUUAACAGUAAAGAAUAAAUCUUAAUAUUGUACUAAAAACAAAAAAUAAAAACAAACAAAUGAAGUGUUGCACUUUGAACAAGAAACAAAACAAGACGAUGCAAAUGCACAUAAUAAACAAUAUUUAAAAAUGAGGUAAAUUGGAGAAAGUCCACAUGCAACAUUGUACCGAAUAUUGUCCAGACACACUCACAUACAUACAUACAAACAUAUAUGUAUGUACGGAGCGGAAGAGCAGCAACACAGUUUUUAUUUGGUUUGAUGUCAUUUCGGGUGUUUUAUGGCUUCUUUUUAUAUGUUUUUAUCCAUUUUUCAGUUACAGGUAAUAUGUUUAGUUAUUAACUUUUCCGCAUUGAGAUGCUUUAACAAUAAUUCAAUGAUUACAGUUAAUUGUCAACUGAUUGCACGACAACAAAAAAUGUUCUUUUAUUACUAAAUAUUUGCAAAAAUUGUGGAUUUAAUGUAGCUAUUUGUAGUCAUAAGUUUCCAUGUAUAACUUUGUCUUUUUUAUUUGGUUUCAAAAAUAUACUUUCUAUUUUCUUAA